UAAUGAUUUGUUUUUUUAGAUACUUAAUGGAGUUCUAACUGUUGUGGAUGCUCUUAGAUACUCAAUAAGCUAAUAAUGGGUUAUUCAACCCGUCUUCCUUUUAUCCCUCUUAUAGUUAGGAAAAUAGCAUUCUUUUAUUUGAAAGGUAUCACGCAAAUACUCCAAUUCUGAAAAUGUUUUCCGUUUCCAUUUAAUUAGCAUCUUUCACUGAUCACAUUUGAUGAAACAGAAAACUUGGGCAAUUGAUAUACGUAUUUAUAUAUCAACACAAUCAAAGAAGCACAAUCAGAAAAUUACUAGCCAUGAAUUCCCAAACCAUUGUGCACCUCUUCACUAUCGCAAGCCCUGCCAUAAUUGUCCCGUGCUAAUGUUGUUUCUACAACAUGUCAACAUCUUGCGUUUUAUGUUGCAUACGAUUAAGAACCUUGGAGUACACAUUCUUAUAUAUUUCUUGUAGACACUACAAAAUAUGUUCCAGGCAUUACAAACCUGUGAAAUUAAUCCUGCUACCUUUUGACUUUUCUCAGUAAUGCCAUCCAUGUUUGAAAAACUGACAAAGAUAAACAUACAACUCCAUCAUCAAGGAACUAUAGACCAUCUGCAUCUAGUUUUCUUUUAUGGUCAGUUCUUAGUUCAUCAAAAAAGCAUGAUAAUAACCAAACAUUUGUCUUUAUGGUUUUGUUUUAACGGGUUGCAAAGACAUUCAGAUUUUGACUACUUUGGAUAUAGCAUAACUGGGUUUAUAACGUAUGCAUGAGAGUAUUCAAGUUGAACAAGAUCGAUUGAUAUUCCUCGAAAACAUUUGAUUAUUUGAGUACAUUCUACCAAUACAUGGAAAACAAAACUUGCUUGCUUGUUGGGUACACUAGAUGCUGAACAAGAAAAUAUUUUAUUUGUAUAAAUGUUCAGUAAUCGUUGUGUACAUAAGAAACAAACUAGCUUCUUGUUUGGAUUCUACCAAUGCUAAAAAUAGAUUUAGGUUUUGUUAUUUGAUUUGACUUCUUCCUUCCCUUUGUGACAGACACAUUUGACAAUAACCAGGACAUUAUUAAAUGAUGAUAGGGGAAGCUUUCAGGGUUAAUGUGAGCUAUGUUUCCAUGAUCUCUCUGCAUGCAUGAAAAUGGAAGAGUUUGAGGCAAAGAAGAAUGAGGAUCAAACUUUGGAAACAGAUUUUGCAGAGAGACCAAUGUGGCUGAUGAAAUGCCCUUCUCUCAUCGCUUCUGCUCUCCAAUCUCUUCCUUCUACGGAUGAUUCAUACCUUCCCGUCGCCAAAGUCAUCCUCUCCUUCGAUCCUCUCGCUGCCUUCGACGAAGAAGAAACCAAAUUCGUAAUGGAAUUAGCUAGGGCUGGAUCUGGAAACAUUCCAAAACGUUUUGGCUUGGAUAUGUCUAAGGAUUUCAUUCCCAUGUCUGUUUUCUCUGAGUCUUGUUCACAAGGGAAAAUGUCAGUAGAAGGGAAGAUUAAAAACAAAUUUCACAUGAGUCCUCGUACCGAAAACAUGGAGAGCUAUGGCAAACUUUGCCGUGAAAGGGCUACCAAGUCUAUGUGCAAAAACAAACAGAUCCAGGUCAUUGAUAAUGCCACUGGAAUGUAUAUGUGGCCAACACCGGGAACUGUAGCUCCCACGGGAACUUUUGAAAAGAAGAAAGUGACAACCAAGACAACAGAAAUGAAGAGAACAAGAAGGGAUCGAAGAGAGAUGGAAGAGGUCAUGUUUAAUCUCUUUGAAAGACAAUCUCACUGGACUCUGAGGAACCUCAUUCAAGAUACAGACCAACCAGAGCAAUUCUUGAAAGAUUUGCUUAGAGAUCUUUGCAUUUACAACAACAAAGGGAGCAACCAAGGAACUUAUGAGCUGAAGCCUGAGUACAAGAGAUCCACACAAGAAUAAGUUGUAUAUGGUCAAAAGGGUUUGUUCAGGUUUUGGUUAACCUAACAAAUUUCAUUUCGAGUAAAGGCACAACCUGAUGACUUUCUAAAACAUUUCUCAUAAAUUUGAUUUCAACUUUCACAAAAUGUAAAAACAAAAAGUUGUGGGGUUACUUGUCCUUUUAAGAAAUUUUAAUCAACAAAGUAAAAAGAUUAAGAAAU